AUGAAACGCAAGUUCUCCCUCGCGCCCGUGGUAAGUCCCGAUCGGCACUCCACCCAGCGUCGCGGCCAGAAGAUCCCCUCCAAGGACGACACCAAGGCAGCACCCGAGCCCACGCCGUCGCACCCGCAACCCAAGUCACAGUCGCACAGCAAACACUCGUCCAAAGACAGCAUCACCGACUACUCGCCCCACAUCAACCGCCGCGUGCUCGAUGCCCACACGGAGCGGGAGUUGCGGCUAGCAUGUCAGCACAUUCUGCAGAACUUCAAGCCGUCCGACCAUGGCAUGGAGAACACGGACCCGAAGCUGGACUUUGGCGGCCUGCAGCGCGGACGAGACAGCAAGACCAAGGACCGCAACGCCCACCGAUCUGAGCCCAAGGUGCGCCUGCCCACGGGCGCGCCUGUGGAUCUGAAGACGGCCCUCGAAGCCCGCGGACUCAAGCAGACGGAGCUCACCAUGAGACGCUCUGGCGAUGCACCCCCCGUGCGCGCCAACAGCAGCCGGAAGCGCGCCGACUUUGACUGGCUCGACGAACGCAACGACAAGAGAGAGGAGAAACUGAGAAAGCCAGGCCCGCUGACUGUGUAUAGGAGCUCCUCCAUGCGACGCAAAGACCGCCAUGCCGACGACACCGCAGCACCCACCGACACCGACGCCGACGCAGCAGAGCGGACGCCCCGCGGCAAGCACGAUCCGCAGGCCCGGCCAUCAACGGCCGUCCGAUCUCUGAGCCGAUCACGAAGCAUACGGGACAACAUCAAGGAAUAUGUCUUCCCAGGUACGACCAGCCGCACCAUUAGCCGCGCCCCAUCCCACGGCUCCCUCCGCACCAUGAACACAACCAUGAGCCAGGACUCGGCUGUCGACCCACCCAACAGCGCCUCAGGACAGGGAUGGCGCAGCUGGGCACUGCCAGGUCGUCGAUCGAGUUCAAGAAGCAACAGCCGGCCGGGAACGUCAAAGGGACAGCCUGAGGAAGUAGAACCGCCAAAGAAAACUACCGUCAAUCUCAACAGAGAGCUGCCGCCUCUGCCAAGUCUCGACUCGUGGAAGGAUGAUGUGCCAGCGCCAGAGAAGGCCGUCCGGUCGCCAACUUCUGCUACCCAUAUCGCCAGCGUCAUGCGACCUCAAGACUCUGCGACGCCAGAGCGUGUUGCAGCGAACAAGGCACAUCGAAGGAGUGGAUCUGACACGUUGGCUCUGCAAUACAAUACGGCUCUGUCUGCGCGCUCACCAGCAAAUAGCAGGCAUGCUGGGCAGUCCGCGUCUCGCUCAAAGACUUUGACACCAGACAGCUAUACCGUGACCGGACAGACACUUGUCGCAUCCGCCUCCACCAGCAACCUCGGUCACAUCCGCUACAAGAGUACCGACAGCUUAGCCAUGCCCAAGAAGAGUGGCGAGAUACUGAACUUCUCCCGGAAAAUGAGCGUCGAUACGCCCACUCGCGGUACAUUUUCCAAGGAGGUCAAGGUGGCUCACAAGGAAGAGCAGAAGUCGAGAUUGAAAAAGGUUUUCACUGGGUGGAUGACAAAGAAAGAAAAGAAGGACGAUUGGAUGCAAAGAAUUGAGAAAGAGGGUGUAAAGGAAGGUGUAAUGGUGCAAGACGGCGCAGCAAGUGCGCCCAUUGUGCGUUAUUAA